AUGGGUGACUGCAAUUAUUGCAGUAAAUGCAGCUGGAUGGGCCUUACCUCCCCAGAUGAUUCUUGCGCCAGAAAAUCACCAAUCUUGUUGCGGGCUAAGCCCAUAUUGCUGACUCAGCUUCGCUCUCGUCUUCUGAUUGGUCUAUUUGUUGUUUAUCACAUGACUCCUGUUGAUACAGCUCGCGUGCCUUUCUCUUCCUUUCUUCCUUCCCCAGCGAAUCCUUUUUAUGAGCUCCUAGUUUCUAGACAGCAAGGCUUUGGCCCUUCACAUUAG